AUGCCAUCUAUCCUCAGUGACGCCGACAAAGAAACCGUCAAGAGGACUGUCCCCAAACCGGCGAACAAGAUCCACGCUGUAGCUGUUGCGCGACUAUAUGUGGCCUAUCCGGAUCCUCAAAAAUGGACAUACACAGGUCUACAGGGUGCUGUCGUACUGGCGAAUGAUUUAGUCGGGCGGACCUUUUGGUUGAAGCUGGUGGAUGUAUCGCCCGCUGGACGAGGUGUUAUCUGGGACCAGGAGAUAUACGAUAAUUUCCCCUAUAACCAAGACCGAACGUUCUUUCACACGUUUGAGCUGGAAGAGUGUCCCGCUGGUUUAUCCUUUGCUGAUGAGAAGGAAGCUAAAACGUUUAUGAAGAAAAUGCAAGACCGGGAGAAGAAUGCGAGCAAAGAAACUCGGCAGACACCUUUCGCAUCUACUCGUGGUCAAGGCCCCGCUCCCAUAGCAAAUGGUAAACAUGGCGUAGGACGGUCGAUUUUCGGUAGCCUGUUAGGCCAUCGGUCAACAUCGGGGUCAAAUGCGCCUCCACCAGUAGCACAUACAGAACCUCCUUCUGCGCCUUCCAUCCAAGUUGCACCUCCCCCACCGAGCAGUCCCCCGCGCAAGCCCUUGCCCUUCGACACCAGUGAUCCGUCAUGGAAAGGUCUUCUGGACGAGCUCUUGCAGAUGGGAAUUACGGAAGACCAGAUCGCAGAGAAUUCGGACUUUAUCAAGGCUUAUAUUGAGCAGAAACAAAGCAACGGGGUCGAUUCUACUCCGUCUCCGGCUGAGGACAAAAGGGGCAAAGCUCCCCCUCCGCCUCCUCCAUCGGCGCCUCCUGCUCCUAAGUCAAGUUCUAUAAGCCCGCAACAUACAGGUAAUAGUACGGGUAGCCGACGAGGCGCUCCGCCACCACCUCCACCGUCACGGAGAACUCGUACUGAGGCGGAGGAAGAGUCGCCUGCAUCUACUCGCGAACCAUCUCCGCCGCGGCCCAGAUUCCGAGCGCCCCCUCCGAUUGCAGAUGCUGGCAAGUUUGCGCACACCAAUGGGCCCCCUCUUCCUGGCCGACAACGAGCAUCAUCGGGCGCGACCCCUGGGCCUCCUCCCCCACCACGACCUCCAAAGACUCCUGUGGAUGACAGUCAACCCCGGUUUGGGGUGCCUCCACCUUUCCAAGGGGAGCGAAAGGUGUCCGCUCCUCCAGCACCACCCAGCCGCAACAAUGCGCCUCCAGGGCCACCACCACGGCCACCUCCCCGCACGUCAAGCCCUGCGGUACCGCCGCAGCUUCCUCCCAAAGUGCCUCAUGGCGCGGCCUCAACGCCAGCACCUCCCCCACCACCCCCAAGAAGCCCGGCUAGCCAACCGCCUCCUCCGCCUGUGCCAGCUGCUUCCCGUCCUACACCUCCCCCACCUGCAUCCAGUGCGGUGCCCCCUCCACCACCACCUUCAUCAAGCGUUCCCCCGCCGCCGCCUCCGCCUCCCCCUCCCACUUCGAGCGUACCUCCUCCUCCGCCGCCACCACCUCUUCCAUCAAGCAGAGGCCCUCCAGCUCCUCCGCCGCCACCCCCAUCUUCGAGCAUUCCCCCGCCUCCCCCUCCACCCGGUAGAGGCCCCUCAGCCCCCCCUCCUCCUCCACCCCCAGCGCCAGCUGGUGGGGCUCCCCCGCCACCACCACCUCCUCCUGGAGCUGGUGCUCCUCCUCCCCCUCCCCCACCUGGUGGAGCAGCUCCACCUUUGCCCACACCUUCUGGUGGAAGGGACGACCUAUUGGCUGCCAUUAGGGCAUCUGGAGGCAAGGGUGGCGGAGGGUUGCGGAAGGUCAAAGAGUCCGACAAGAAGGAUCGCAGCGCGGCGAUGGUUCCUGGGUCUGCCAACGAAACAUCCGCAGCUUCAGCAGGUGGCGGUGCCGCCCAGGGUGGUAUGGCAGGCGCUCUUAAAGCCGCUCUGGACAAGAGAAAGCAGAAAGUUAGCGGUAGCGAUGACGAAAAGGAGGACGACGAUGAUUGGUAA